AUGGAAAAAUAUAAUACCAUUGAAGACCUUGAAGGAAAAUAUGAGGUUUUGAACGAAGAUCACAGAAUACUCAAAAGUGAUAUAGAAGAUAGAGACAACUUUAAUGCUAGACUGAAAAGAGGAUCAAGAAGUUUUGAAGAUGAGGCGUGUGAUAGGGAAGAACAGUUGAAAAAAAAUAUAGAAUCUCAUGUGAAAUUGAUAGAGAAAUUGAAUCAAGAGAUAAAACAACUGAAAGAAGAACAGAACGUGAAGCAAACAGAAAUCAGUGACACAGAAGUUAAAUACGAAAUACAAAGACAAAAUUUAGAAGAACUGAAAAGCAAAAACCACAAAAUGGCUAUGAGUAUAACGAAUCUGCAAUCUGAAAUAGCAAAACUUGUUUCUGAAUCAAGAAGUGGCAAAAUGGAAAUCGCUGAAUUGAAUGAAGCACUACAAAGCUAUAAAAAUGAGCAUAAAGCUAUAAAAGAAGAAAACCUCUUGCUAUUAGAAAAGAUGAAAGCACAGAGUACGACUUGUAACCUUCUAGAAGAUAUGAUGGAUAGCGCAGAUCAAACUGAAAAAGAUCGAACUAUAAAUAAUAAAGAAGAAAUCAUAGCUAAAAUGAAAGAGGAGGUAAAAGGACUCAAAGAAAUUAAUAAAAGUAUGACAGUUUCCAUAAGUGUGUUGGAAGAGGAGAACAAAAGGCUAGAGAAAGAGCUGAAGGAAUUACAAAUGGAGUUUGACCGGAUUUUAGCAGAACAUAUUUCAUCAGAAAAAUCACUGGUUGUAAAUGAUACAGAAUCGAAAACUAAAAAAACUACAAAAGUAAUCACUAAAAAUACGCACAACAAACUAAACGUUAACUCUACCAAAAAACAAGCAAACAUCACCAAUAUUCAUGACGCAAACAUCAUUACUAAUAUGAAUGAUGCUUAUCCCAGUGAUUCUAUCGAAGUUGGGUCAACUAUAAACUGUAACUUAAUCACUAGUUCUCAAAAAAAACAUAAGAUAUUGUUUUUAACAGACCAGUAUGGAAAAUAUUUAUUACCCUAUCUUGAAAGUCACCUUUCUGAUAAAUUUGACGUACAGAUUGUGACCAAACCUAAUGCUUUAUUCAUUGAUGUGAUAGGGGGGCAUGAAGAAUCAAUUUCCAAAAUGUCGAGCUCGGACUAUGUUAUAGUAAUGGCGGGGCUAAAUAACAAUAACGUAAAACUGAGUGAUAUCACCCUAAUUGCCAAUACUUGCUUCUACACCAACCUAAUUUUUUGUACCAUACCUGCAAAAUGUACUGAUGGUUUGCCAUAUUGUCAUGUCGACUAUGUAAAUGUAAGCAAAGUCAUAGUUUUUGUUAUUAUAAGGCAAUAUGCUUUAACCAACAAAUUGUUGCUAUCAGAAAACGAUUUUAAUAGUUGUAGGAAUACCUACUAG